AUGGCUCUCGAAUCGAAGUACAGGACGGAGGUUGUGGCCGCCACGCCUGUUGCGUCCGGCGAGAUCGAUGGGACUUUUCGCUCUUCAACGAUUGAUCUCGUCUCGGCAGCUCUAGGAGGGAAAGUCCUCUCCUUCUCCGAUGAAUGGUUCGCCGAAGCUUCCAAUCUGCUGACACCUACACCUCCUAUCCGCCAGCCCGGCAAGAUGGUCUUCACUGGCGCUUGGUAUGACGGCUGGGAGACGCGGCGCCACAACACCGAGCCUUUCGACUACGUGGUCAUUCGUCUCGGUGUCGCCUCUGGCACCGUCUCAGGCAUCGAGAUUGACACUGCUUUCUUCUCGGGCAACCACGCACCCGCCAUCUCCGUUGAAGGCGUGUUCAGCGCCGAAGACGACGAGGUUGUGAGUUGGAAGGGAGGGCGGGGGAAGUGGGAGACUAUCCUAGGCAUUCAGGAGUGUGGCCCCAGUCAGAGAUUUGGGUGGAAGCUGGAUGUGCCGACUACGAAGGCGUAUACGCACGUUAGGCUGAACAUGUAUCCCGAUGGUGGGAUUGCUCGAUUCAGACUGUUUGGUCACGCGGUCCCGGUAUUUCCCGAUGAUAAGGAUGCGAUCUUUGAUCUUGCGGCUGCACAAAAUGGUGGCGUGGCUAUUUCGUGCAGUGACCAGCACUUUGGUGCCAUCUCCAACCUGAUACUGCCUGGCAGGGGAAAGGACAUGGGAGAUGGGUGGGAGACCUCGCGAUCGCGAGGGAAGGACCAUGUGGACUGGGCGAUCAUCAAGCUUGGAGCCAAAGCCUUGAUCCAAAAUCUGUUGGUGGACACUGCGUUCUUCAGAGGCAACUUUCCUCAGAAGAUCAAGGUGGAGGCCAUUGAUUGGAGUGAGGAGGGACAGCCAGGUGUGUUCUCUGAGGGUUGGACAGACCUUGUUGUUCCUAGCAAGUGUGGUCCGGAUCAGGAGCAUGCUUUCGAGUCGCUAGCGAAGGAUAAACAUUUCACUCAUGUGAAGCUGGUUAUGAUACCCGAUGGAGGGGUGAAGAGGAUCCGAGUCUUUGCUAAGAGAGCUGUUUUAGAGUGA